AUGCCAGACAGUCCCGAAGGUAGUCUCGUUUUCCCCUUCGAGUACAGCGAGCACCACCUCCUCAGACCUCACUUUCUGGGCAAGUCGUCGAACAAGGAUGACUUUGAACAUCUGAGUAACAGCGCUCCUCACUUCACUCCUCUUGCAGCUGGUGAGACUGAUCCCGAACACAUUUCCUACUUCAGAAAAGACAUGGAUGCCGCCGUCGAUGCAGGAAAGAACAAAGGCAAGGCCAAGGCCGCAAAGGAGGCAACGCAAGAAGUACGAAACGCCCAGCAGCAAAACAUGCGUCGCCAGGUCGAACGCACUCAGGUCGCCCUCGGCCUUGCUCCACCAUCAGAAGACAACCCCGACCUCGAUAUAAUUUACAUUGCCGUCGAUGUCGAGUCGUACGAACGUAACCACAACAUGAUUACCGAGGUCGGUUUUGCUACCCUCGACACACGCGAUCUCAAGGGCAUCCCUCAUGGCGACGCUGGCAAGGACUGGCACAAAUUCAUCCGCGCCCGUCACUUCCGCAUCAACGAGUACAAGCACUACACCAACUCCGAAUUCGUCCGCGGCUGCCCCGACCAAUUCGAAUUCGGCGAGAGCGAGUUCGUCGACUUGAAGGACAUGCCUCGCAUGAUUGCUUCAUGCUUCAAGCACCCAUACAGUGCAAAGGAUGCCCACUCUAUCAACGAGGAGGAACGAGCAAAGCGCACGAUCGUCUUCCUUGGCCACGACACCAAGCAAGAUGUCGCUUACCUUCGCAAACUUGGCUACGACCCUUCUAAUCUGGCCAACCUGUACGAAAUCCAGGACACGGCUGCCAUGUGGCGUGCCGUCACCAGCGAGCAAUCCACCCGCGGUCUGUCUCACAUCAUGUACACGCUCGAACUCGAGUCUUGGAACACCCACAAUGCUGGCAACGAUGCUGUCUACACUGUGCACGCCAUGAUCGGUAUCUGUAUCAAAGACCUGCAGAAGAAAGCCGUGUCCACCAACGACGACGACGAAGGUGGUGUGAGUCUGCUGCCAGAGAAGAAGGUUAACGUCGACAAGGAGAUCAAGAAGAUCACCAAGAAGUUUGUCGAGUGGGAAAUGUGA